AUGGCGGACUUUUUAAAGAACUUUGUUGGAGGUAGCAAGUCUAGUGCUACUCCAAUUCCCUCCGCCGAUUCAGACUUUGCCGACUUCGCCGAUGCGCCUUCACCAGCGCCUAUACCAUUCGAGACCGUCCCUAGUGGUACUGGCCUCGGUGGCCCUGUGCCUACUGCUCGUCCGUAUACGAAAUGGUAUAAUAUUCAUGAGCGCCAUAGUCUAAGCGAAUUCCGAGCUGAGGGUAUCAUAUUGGUCAUCAUUGCUGUCAUCUUCACCCUGCACUUCAUUGGUACGAAACUCAAUCGCACCAAGGCGAGAGCAUGGAUCAAAGCCCACGCUCCAAUCCUUACCGGUGAAUUCGCGCUUGUCGGCUUUCGUGGAGUGCCGCAGCAAUCUAACCAGGAUCCCGAGAAGCUGCUAAAGGCUAAGAGCUUGUUUGAGUACGCGAGUUAUGCGACUGGCCGACAGAAUGUCGCCUUCAUGGAUAUCAAGUUGACCCUGAAGAAGCGCUUCAACCCCGUAAUGACUGGUUUGGAAACUGCCUUGAGUUUCUUUUUCGACAGCUUUGCUGCCCCCGAGGAUGCGGUUGAGGCUGUUAUCUACCCCUUCGAUGGCAAGGAGGCUCAGAUUGUGCCCGCCCUACCAGGCGCCGCUGAGCUACGAAGCAAGGAUUCCAAGAGCUCUUUCGAUGGGUUUGUCUGGGCUAUUGUCAACAAGAACAAUAUGAGGAAGCUCCGAGAAGAUCGCUAUGACUUAUCUAUUACCUUCACUAAGGACAACGCCAAGCUGCCCAUCUGGACAACAGUCAUGAGCGAGAGCGCUGAGGUUACCCAGACGCUACUGACAGAUGAGCUUGCCUCGGCUAUCAAACAAGCUGGUGAUCUAUUUGAGUACCUCAUUAUCAGCGAUCAACCCGUUGACAAGCCUACUAAGAUGGAUGAAACGAUUCCUCGCAAGCGCCUUUACCUACGGUACCGUCUUCCGUCGUCUAAUAACUACGAUGAUCUUGCCCCUCUCCUGGCCUACUUCGUCCGGAUCCCUGAUCACUUAGCGUCGUCUGCCCACUUCCGACCAGAGAUCCUACGCAAGAUCAAGGUUGUCCGAGACGAGACCAUCAAGCAGAUCCAAAAGGCAGCCGAAGAGGAGAAGGCCGAGGAACGACAAGCUGAGCGCGACAAGGCAAGGAAGGCUAAGCGCGAUGCCGAGCUCAAUGCCUUGGAUGCUAAGGCGCAGAAGAAGUACCUCGAGAAGGAGAAGGAGAAGGAACUGCGCAAGUCAUCAAGGAAGCAGACCGUCCGCGCGUAG